GUCUCCUUCCCCAUAAUUAUUCAUUUCACCGGAAUAAAACUGAGUCAACUCGGAGCGAGUUACCAAGAAUCACUUUACUGAAUAUUAUUAUACAAAUGGGUAUAUGCAGCUCGAGCGAGUCGACUCAAGUAGCGACGGCGAAGCUGAUCUUACAAGAUGGGAGGAUGAUGGAGUUUGCGAAUCCCGUUAAAGUUGGAUACGUUUUGCUCAAGUAUCCGAUGUGUUUUAUCUGUAACUCCGACGAUAUGGACUUUGACGACGCCGUUGCCGCCAUUAGCGCCGAUGAAGAGCUUCAGCUUGGUCAGAUAUACUUUGCUCUUCCUCUUUGUUGGCUUCGUCAGCCACUUAAAGCGGAGGAGAUGGCUGCAUUGGCCGUUAAAGCUAGCUCUGCGCUCAUGCGAGGAGGAGGAGGAGGAGGUUGUCGCCGGAAAUGUGUCGAUCCUAUUGUUUCUGAUAAGCUUCGAAUGAGAGUAGGCUCCGGUGAUGAUACGGUGGGUUCCGGCUCCGGGAGGAGGAAAGGGAGGAACGGUGACGGUGGUGGUAGUGUUAGUAGUAGCCGGAGGAGGAAAUGUUACGCGGCGGAGUUGAGUACGAUAGAUGAGUGAAGGGUAGUUUUGGAAUUUUGAUUGAAUUUGGGGGUUUAAUUGUGGAUAGUGUAAUUAUGUUGGGGGCCUAUUAGUCAUUUAAUGAAGAAGCAAUUUGCAUAUUGGCAAAAAGUUCUUAUUUGGGAUUUUAUUACUUAGCAUCAUAUCUCAAAUAAUUCGUCCAAUUAUAAUUA